CAGGGUGGGGCUCCAUCUAUAAAGGGGGGAAACCUGUCUGCUCUUGGGCAGGAGAGCUUGGCACACGUUCCAGAGGCACCGGGGACCCUGCAGGCUUUGGCUAAACGAGGAGAACCAGCCUGCACCAUGAACCUGUGGCUCCUGGCCUUCCUGGUGGCCUGCUUCGUGGACACAUGGGCCCCCGCUGUCCACGCUCAAGGCGUCUUUGAGGACUGCUGCCUGGCCUACCACCCCCAAGUACAGUGGAAGUUGCUCAAGCAAGCCCGGAGUUACCUGCGCCAGGAUGUGAGCGGGAGCUGUAACCUGCCUGCCGUGAUAUUCUACUUCCCCCGCAAACAGAAGAUGGUGUGUGCGAACCCAAAGGCCAAGUGGGUGCAAGAUGGGAUGAAGCUUCUGGAUAGACGGAAUGAGGCCCAUCCAAAGCAUCACCAAGGCACCCGGAGAAUCUCACCCGGCUCUCACUCUGAGGGAAAGAAGUUGAGGUCUAGAACCUCCAAGCUACCACUGUCCACAUUUAGAGAUCACACCAGAAGCAGCCAGAGGAAUGCCUCCCACCUGACAACAGCUAAUCCAGGAGGAUGAGCCCGCAUAUCUCCAGGAUAAACCAGCACAAGAUGAGCUGGACCUUUCUCCACCAUGAGGGUCACCUUGCAGCCCCAGCUGCCCAGCCCGUCCUUCAAGCCAAAUCUCAAUCCCUGGAUUUGCUGCAUUGGUUCCCUCACCUCUGCCACCUUCUGCUCCUUACGCAGCUGGAAGAAGGGAGCUGACCUUAUUUCAAGCCCCUUUUCUGCUCUGGGAAACAGCCAGCCCUGGGCAACAGGUCUUAUAGAGAACCAUCGAGACACAACAUCCACCUACAGCCUCUUGCUUCCCACCCUGGGCCACACCUGCCUGUGUUCCUCCGGGUCUUUGCAAAGCUCCAGUCUGUCCAAGGACGCCACUCUCAGGCUGUGCUUUUUAAAAUAAAUCUUUGGUGGAAUGUCA